CAGGGGUGCCGACCGCGGCGCCCAGACGGGGGGCAAAACGGCCCGCCAAGCAUCAAAGGCUGCGGCGAAGGCUAACAUUACGGAUUUGUCCGAGCGAAGGGCGGCGUUCCGGGCGUUGAGGCAUUCGGGGGACCACGGAAAACAGCACUUGCAGGAGGAGAAGGAUGAGGCUACUCGGUCCCUGCGAACCAUAGUGAUCUCUCUGGGAAUCGGAAUCGGGAUGAUUUGUCUGGUGGCUUUAUUCUCCUUUUUUGUCGCAGGGGGUUGUCACCAGGAUUCCGAGGAGGCGCAAGAAGUGGUCCCAGCUGCCGGGGGGAGCACGGCGUCCGCGUCAUUUUCCAACCAAUUCGUCGUUGCGCUAGGCGCAAGUUAUGAUGACGAGGACCAUUCUACAGCGACUCCGCGAAAGAAGAAGAUGAAGCAGGGUCAAUAUGAAGCAGGGACGACAUAUGCAUUGCAAAUGUAACGUCAUCAGGAUCUGGAGGACUGCAAGUGUAAAUUUGUGAAGAUUUGUGAUGUUGCUCCCUCCUGUUGUACAGUACGUGGUGAAAUAAAUCUGUCUUUCUAUAUACAUGAAGAAUGGCAAAAGUUGUGCUGUUUUCGUGCAGGAUGAUAACUGCGGCAAGGACUACUUGCCAGAAGCCUGGAGCAUUCCAGACCUUGCUGGGUAUAGAAAUUCUGCAGGACAGAAGUAAAAAACGCUUGCAUUCUUCCAGACCCAGACGCACAAAUAUUUGCAGUGGAUAAGGCAGACCCAAGCGCAACGGAGGACGAAAAAGAUCUUCUUCAGACGGCACAGUUUGGAGGCAACAUUAUGAAGCCGGACGAUGAAGUAGAUCAUGUAGCAAAUAGAAACGAUAACGACGUCAGCGGCGUAGAGGUAGAGGACAUUGGGUUUCAUGGAAAUAAGAUUGCCCCUCCUGUACCAGUGAUUCCCGUGCCGCCGGAGAUGAACAAGAAAGUGUCGAGGACAUCCAGGAAGAGCAAUGUGGCCGAGCGAUCCUCUCAGAGGGUGAGCAGAAAGAGCAAAGGUCCAUUUUUAGCAGAGCGAGUUAACGGCGGUAGAAGCACGAAAGGUUCACUCUAGGCGGAAAACAAAAAAAUGCUUUCCUCUUUGUGCCAUUGGUUGCCAAUUCUUUUUUGAUGCACUUCCCUGAUGCAAAAUCAUUUUCUCUUUUUCAAGUUCAGUUUGUUUCGCUUCACCUCUCGCCAACACUAGUCUGUUAUUGUAUUCCACCGCAGUUGUCGACGUGUUCUGGAUAGGAAUCAAGUGCCACUUUCUCGACUCGUGUUUCUGGCAAUGUCGGAAAGUCAAAGAAAUUUCAAAGGGAU